GAGGAUGUGCAUGUCCAAGCAGCUCUGGGAAUUCGACAGAUGACAGGAUCAUUGAAGCAAGAGAGCUUUGUGGUAGUAAAUGAAGAUUCUAACCGUCUGAUAUUCAUUAACAAGGCAGAUAAACAAGCUCAUGAAAGCUGCUUCACUAUCGAUGGAGUCUUCAAUCUGGACACUGGCCAGGACAAACUAUUCCUGGAACAUCUGCAACCUCUGCUGGUCAUGGUUCCCCUUGGCUACAGUAUAUCCUUGCUGGUGUGUGAAGGCCACCACUGUGGACUCCAAGCAAAAACCAAAAGCUUUGUCCAGAGGGUAAUAGAAUCUGUUUUCCAAGAGACCAGCUCUCCUGAAAACACUGCCCAGUCUCGCCAAACCAUCAGCUUUGUCCAGAUCUACGCAGAUGGCACAGCCCUAGACCUGCUCAGUCCCAGAAAUGAAACCUUGCAGGUGAUGGACAUCCCCCCACUGGGGCUAUGUGGCCUUCUCUUUACCAUCAUCACAGAGGUGAAAGUGACAGGAGGCCAUGGAUUUCAUCGUGCCACUGUCAGGAUCCUUGAGUUCUCUGGAGGAGAUGAACAGUGCUACACUGACCCGUUUUUUACUCUUUCCCGGGCUUCAUCUGCGGUGGGUCUUCCUGCUGAAGCAGGGUGCUUCUCCUGGAUCCUGAAGCACCUACUGGAAGGCAAUGCUCUCACAUUCUUGCUCUUGUGCUUGACCCUGCCAGAUGCCUCUGGAGAAGAAAUAUUGUCUGCCCUCUCCCUGACUGAACAAGUAAGGGCUAUAAUCAAGACAGUUACGCCAGUCCACUGGGACCCCACUCUAGAAGCUCGGAAACGAAGAGCAGUGAUAAGGGAGCUGAGAGUGAAGUCCUUCCUCAACAGUCAGAUGGAACAGGACAGCGUGCUCAUUCAGCUGGGGAAAGUGAUAAAGGAAUUGCAGGUGCUGAAGGGCCAGAAUUGGGAGAAAAAGGAAGAGAGAUCAGCAUAUGAACUAAAGGAGGACACUUCUGUUGAAUUCAAAGCUGGUAAGCAACACCAAGGUUCAAAGCUGAAGUUCUCCCUACUCAAAACUCGGAGGCAGCAUCUCCAAGAACAGCACCGGCUCCUGAUCCAGCAGGAACGUCAGAAGAUAGAAAAAGAGCUUGCAUGCCAAAACAAGAUUUCUCCAGACCAGAAAGAAGCUCUACUCUGGCAGAAAGAAAAAUCCUUGUUAGUUCUGCAUGUGGAGAUGCUGCAGAAAGAACAGGCAGAAGCUGAGAGGGAUCUGGAAGAGCUUUACCAGGACUACCAACAUGAGACAGAAGUGCAAAAAGAUCACAUCCUACAGGUUUUCCAGGCAUACAGAAGGCAUGCUGAAGAGCAGACGGAAGCCCUUGAGCAAAGAUAUCGAAAGCUGCUACGGGAGUCCCUUCAGGAUGCCAUUAUCCUCUCCGCUCAGAACCAGCAACUCAGAGUUCAAAAGGAACUGAGAUACACAGAAAGAGCAAUCCAGACAGACCCCUGCCCUUAACACACAGCCAUGAGAGCCACUGCUCACCCUAAGAGCUUAUAUUUCUUCUGAAAGAGAGGCCUAAAAAUCAAAGUAUUGCGCAGGCAGAGACUAGCCUCAGCUUUCCCUCUAGGAUGAAAGCAAUUACUCCAAUCUACAUGAAUGGUUGGACUAGGUUUGUCUCGUUUCCUUUACCUCUGCCCUCUCUUUGAUUACUCACAAGUCCCUGUAUGACAAUGUAAACAAAGUUAACGAAGCUCAUCAUUCAUCUGAGGUAGAACAUUAAAAAAAAGAGCUUUGUGCAGAAUCCCAAGACAAGAAUGGGUGGUCUUAUAUUAAACCAUGAAAAUCCUACAAACA